AUAAGUGUAUAGUUUUACGAAGCGUGUAAACAGGAUAGCGUUUAUCACAACAAAAUUGAACCUGAUUAAAACUAUACAGGUGUAACUUGCUGAACCAUUCACAUUCUUCUGCUUGCUCUUUGUGCAAAUUUUGUUGUAAAAAAUGUUGUGGAUUAUUUUCUUCGCAAGUUUUUCAUCGAAAGUUGUACUUGCACAAGAGCCAACCUGUGCAUGUUCCAAAUUUCAUUACGAAGAGCAAAUGCUAAAGAAAAUAGUGAGAAUGGAGUUCUUUGUGGAAAGAAUGAACAUUGAAACGGAAGAGGCAAGGAUAAGUGUAGAGAAAACUACUGACGAAUUCAAAAGAUUAAAAACUGAAUACGAGCAAUAUGUAGACGCCUCCCAAAAGGAAAUACAAGACUUAAAAGAGACCUUACGAACACCAACUAUUGCAUUUAAAGCGAAGAAAGUGAGAAACCAAAUGCCAAGCAUAGACGAAACUAUUGUCUUUAAAGAAACACUGUUUAACUUCGGAGAACAUUAUGACAACUUCACUGGAAUUUUCACAGCUCCUGUUCAUGGGACAUAUCUCUUUACAAUACAUAUUUGUUUGCAAGUGGGUGUAUACAUGUAUUAUGGGAUCAUGGUUGAAGGUGAACGAAUCACAAACGGACUAUUUUAUGAAGGGAACACCACCAAUUGUAAUACUGCUGACGCUAUUAUGGUUCUGAAGUCUGGAGAUCGGGUGUGGGUGAAAUAUCUUAGGUCAUCCACGACAGGCAAAGCUGUGAUAGAAGGGAACCACGACCACAGAUGGAACACGUUCUCGGGGACUCUGAUAAAUACUUAGAACCAGACAUGCCGCAAUAUUGUUAAUGUUUAAAUAUACGUAGUUGCAUGUGUUUAUUAAAACAAAUUGAAUGUUGUGAUGUGCGUCUUCAAUCAAACUUUUCAAGGACAGAGUCAGUAAAAACGAAUGUAUUUAAUUAAACUGUUUGAAGUAUGCAAACACGAAAAACCAAACCUGCACCUUGACCUUGGAAAAGUUUCUUUCUAAAUGUCAUGAGAAAUUGAAUUGUAAUUUCAAUAGCAAGCUAAAAUUGAUCAAAUGCAUCUAAAUGUUUAAUAAUCAUUAUGAUAAAUUAAAAAAGUAACUGAG